AUGUGCGACGAAGUCGAUUUGGCUGCAGAUGAUGGCGUGGUCAUCGGCGUUUUAUUUUCACUGCGGCAGGGCAGGCGUCGCAUAGGACUGUUCGACCCCAGUCGCGUUGAUGCUGACAUCGUGCUGCAGGAUGGCCGCCAGACGUGGUUUCGAUUGUGGCCACCGCAGCAUAUUGGGGGCCGCGGCGGCGGCGACGACCCCGACGACGAGUCCGAGGGGCACUUGUCUGUAGCAGAAUUCGAGGGCGAGGUCGUCAGCGAGAACGGCUCCGACUCCGACGGCG